UCAAUUAAGUGUCACAGUCUUAGCUUUGGGUAUUCGGAAUUAAUCUAGGUAUUAGUUGGGGUGCAGAGGGUAAGAUUUUGUGUAUUUAACCAUAGCGAGUAAUGUUUCAAGUAAAUUAGUUUUUUGUGAAUAAAUAUCCAAUUUCUUUUGCAUUUAAAAUGGCUGGGAAUGAAAACCCGACUCGUUUAAUGUUCUUCAUUCGUGGAAUCCAAGGUGACAGGUUCAGAGCUGUGGCGUUUCCUAUGCUUCUCUUGGUGUCGCCACAUUUGUUGGAUAUACUGAUUAGUUAAAACAGCUGCCUAGCGGCAUGAAGUGUGAUUUCACGUUGUAGAAGUGACAUUUGUUGUUUGGUGUAAAGAUUAUGGCUAUGAAAGGUAGUAAAUGCGCCGUUCCAGGUUGUUCGAAUUAUAAAUUACAAAAGGAUAAAUCAUUUUAUAGAUUUCCCAAGGAUAAGGAGCUAUGUAAGCAGUGGGUAAUUUUAACUCAGAAACCCGGUUUAGCUGAAGUGUUCGAAAGCCGAGGGCCAGAAUAUGUUUAUCGAACGUACACUGUAUGCUCGGACCAUUUUCAGGAAAAAGAUUUCCGGAACAAGAUAUGGUUAAGCCAAGGUCUUUGGCGUGGUGCAAUACCUUCGCGGUUGUUACCCAAACCUAAACAAACUGUACCAGACAGUGGAAGAAAUGGGGAAGUGGCGACAGUGUCAAGUGAUACGAACAGCGUACAAAAUGAUUCAGCCACAAAUCAAAUGGCGAGGGGAUUCUCUGCAGAACGGGUGUCAGCAGAAAUAUACCUUGCAGAAAAUCAGUAUUGUUUUCAGAGUUGUACGGAAGAACCUCACCAGCCAUGUGAGAGUAUAACUGUGGAGGUGGAACAGGAGCCUGAAUAUGGAGGGAACUCCUGUGAUAAGCACAGACCACAGGAACCUGAAUACAUAGAAGUUAAGGGUGAGCCGCUCGAGGAGGAGGAAGCUACUGAUGAGGGUGUCACAGAGCAGGACUCUCUGUGUUUCUGAUGAACAUUCUCCUCAGAGCUGAAAUGUCUACAUUUGUGGUCCGAAUGUGACCGUAACUGUAGGCUGGGAGGGAGCUGCACUCUGGAACUGCAGCUGCCGGAGUGUGGAUCUUCACAGGUCUCUGGAAAGGAGGGGGGGACAGCCUGGAUAGUUGUGUGCCAGAUGUGAUGAAGCUGACAGACCUGAGAGAAGAAAGCCACUGCAAACUGGAAAGAGUCAUCUCCAGCAAAGGCCACAGUGAAAAGCGUCUUCUUCUAUGCAUUUGAUGUGUGUGCAUGACUAUGGUUUUUACACCUCCAUAUGUAUUUUCCAUUUUUUAUUUCCUCAUUUGGGGUAAUAUUCCCACUUUUCUAUUUCAUAUGUUCAGGUACCAUCUUAGCUAAAAAUAAAUGCAGAAGUUUUACUGUCUUUGCAUUGGGUUGCCAUAAUCAGAGGACGAAAAUCGAGGACAAAAUUCGGCGAUUAUAAAGAUGUGCUUGAAAUGCAGAUAGAUAUGUUGUGCAAGUGACCAUUGGUUUGCAUUUCACUUGAAUCUUAGACAUUACUUUACAUUGGUAAUUAUGAAAAUGUGGUUGAAACUUGGAAUCGCACAAUGUCCUUUCAUCUUUCUACACAUCAGCCAAAUCUUAUAAUUACCAUAAUUCAACCAGUAAUUCUGUCAGCAAAGAAGUUGUAAUUAACAACUAAAAUUAAUCCAAGCAUUAAUGGUGUCUAUAAAGGAGUGGUCAAUGAUGAAGAAAAUUGCAGUUGACAUUAAAUAAGUUUUCAAUUAAAAGUACUGAAUACAAAUUAUUAACAUAUACACAAUCAUGCUGCUACAAUUGAUAUACAUAUUUCACUUUAUGCUUUAAACCAGUCAUAUUUCUCUGAGCCCUGGACAGAAGAUUCUGAAUCAACCUAUGAAAAUCUGUGCGAUUUGUGUUUAUCAUGGUAUAUCAGAUUUGGAGCAUUGCAUUGACUGAUGUUAAAGCUAGCCUGUCUCUUUCUGUCCAUUGUGCAUUCACUAGGGAAAACUCUCUCUCUCCACAUUGGCAUCAUGCCCUGAAAUGCAGAAAUAGUACUGCACAAUAGCAAUCAGUUCUGAAUACUGCUCUUUAGAUACACAAUCCUCAAAAAAUUUAACCCACUUUUAAUGAGGCAUCAUGAAAUUCUGGUUAUUUUCCUUUGUAAGAAAACCAUUUCAGUUUCACUAUCUGGUCAAAUAGCAAACUCUCGUUCACUUUGCAAGUUGUUUUCUUGCAUCCAUUUAAGUGUACAUUCAACUUUUUCCCAAUCAGGUAAAGCGUUCAACAGUAUCCAGUCAAAAUGUUCAACAUCGGAUAAAGGCUUGCUCCAUUUUAUUAGAUAAUCUGUUACUGUCUGGUAAAAUGCCAUGACAUCCUCUUGAAAUUUUGACUGCUGAUACUGGGAAAGAGUCAUGAGUUUACAUUUCUUUAUUUCCUCUAAAACAUGCACGAAGUUUUUAAGUUCCAACCUAAACUCAUUCACAGAGAUGUCCUCUUUCUCCAUGUUGGUGAUAGCCUUUUGAAAUAAACUCAUCUGAGCAAGCAGAAAGUGUAAAUACAUCUCUCCACAAGCAUCAGAAAAGACUUGAAUAUUUAAACACUUGUCGAGAGACAGGAAGUAUGAUUUAAGAGCAUAAAACAUGUAUAUGAAUCUUUCAAUUGCAGGAAAAAAGCUCAUCCACCUAGUUUUCACACGCCUAAGUAAAUCUUUGUGAGUCAUAUGGAGAAAAUCACAAAAAUCCCUUAAUGCUGCUACCUUAAUAAUUAUACUUUGCACAUCUUGUGAAAGUAUGUUGGUUCAAUUUUGAAUAGCAUUAUGCAGUACAUGAACUGAACUGGGCAACCUACCACUACUAUGGAUCUAUUUAGUUUGUUUUAAAGUUUCUGGAAUACAUUGUUUUUCCCUUUUCUUUCAACACCUCCAAAGUUAGUGUUUGUAUUAUCUCCACCAAAAGCACAAACAUUUUCACUAAGGUUGAAUUCUAAAAUUAUUUUAUACACACACUCACAUUGUACUGGAGGUUUCAUUGUCACACUCAUUCAAAUGUAAUAAAUUUCUUUGAACAUCUUGUGUGAUGUCAAAGUAUUGCACCAGAACAGGAAACGUUUUACAUGCUUGUGGUUACUAGUAUCUGUACUGAUCCCAACACAGUUAACUUUUGAUAGACUAUUUUUAACAUUCUUUUAUGAAAGAUGCUAUAACAUUGUUAACAAUUGCUUCAGUUUUAGUUUUUCGCUUGGAAACUGAACUGCUACCUUUGAAUCACUAAAAUUUUCACUGAUGAUUUUUGAUGUACAAGACGAAUUGUAUGAAUGUUGGUGUCUUACAGCAUGAAACAUGAAUGUUGCUUUACAGAUUCUGUCUGAUUAGCACUAAAAAAACUGACAACUGUUCAGAAGUUGAAGCAGAAUGCACAGCUCUUGCGUUUCUUGCUUGUUAUAUGGUGAUUGAGGGCUCGUUUCCCUCCAUUGGUGAUUGAAAUAUAGCAACUGUAAUGAAAUAAUUUAGGAUUAGUUGCCAGUUAACCAAAAGCAUGCAAAUUAACAUUUUAGUUUAUGUACAAUAUUGCAUAAACAGGCACAAUCUAUUGCACUAUGUUUCGAAGUGUGACCACCACUAAAGUUUUAUGCCUCAAAAAACACGUUUUUGACAGCUUUCAUUCUAUGGUCAGCCUGAAAAUUAAAUUUGAUGGCACGGUGAAAAUUUUUUUCAAUAACUGAACUAUCGCCAGAAAAUAAAAUUGCAGGAGACUUAGUUUUUAAACAGACACAGGUUAAGUAAUAUGAUUGAUACUCAUUUGUAUGCUUUCUACAAAUGAUAGGCAUUGUUUACUGUUACAUACCUACAAUGCAUUGUACUUUCCGCCACACUUUGCAAAUAGCCUCAUGUUUGUUUCUUCCACAUUUAAUACUUGGAAACGCAUCAAUAUAUUCUUCUCGGAAAUGUCUUCUUCUUCUUCUUCGUCGUCGUCCCCCCCCCCGUUUUUUUUUUUUUUUUUUUAAAGAAAUUCUGUGCAGUAGCACCAGAGGUACACUUCACACAGCUGAAUGUUAACUUAACACGACCAAAGAAUAUCUGAUGCCGACAGCAGAGAUGUUGUAAACCAACAGCGGAAAAAUGAAACAAUUGCAAAGAAUAGAUUAUUGCACUGCUUCCACAGUCUGUUCUGAAUAUAGCCGAGUGAUUCUGAAGUGACACGGAAUAUCAGCACAGGUUUCAAUGGCUAUUGUCAAGUUUGCAGAAGUUACGAAACACUUGAUCGGUGGCCAGUAGCAAAAAUUGAAUAAAAAAAAUUUUUUUUUGUGGACACACACACACACACACACACACACACACACACACACACACACACACACACACACUCCAACCAAACAACAGUUGACACACUGUCUAUUCUCACAUUAAAAAAAUAUCAGUUUUGGAAAAUAUAAUGUAAUUGGAUAGAUAGAAAAUCUACUCAAGAAGUGUUGACUGAAAACACACAGAUAGAAAUUCACAAGCUUUUGAAGCCUCUGGUACCUUCUGGCAGAAGGUUUGAAGGAGAAGAAAGGUUUAGGAAAAAGGGGUAGGGUUUGGAAAAAGUCAUCCAGAACACUAGGUCAGGGCAGACAUACCAGAUGGAAUGAGAAGCAAAAAUUGAUAGUUAGGAACUGCACUGGAUGAGAUGUGAAAACCUAAGAGCUUAAAAGUGGAAGAUAAGGUAGAGAUUACCGACAUGGAUUUCAAAUACCCAGGGUGUGGACAACCCUCACAGGGUGAUGGCCACACCACACUAAUGUGCAGCGCUCUGCCACACAACUCCAGCCAGAACUACUGUAGCUAAACAGGAGGGCCGCUUUCGUUACCUGCUGUAGUAAUUUAGAGCAGACCACAUACAGAUCUGUGCAUGCAGUGUUUUCAUGUUAUUUUUACAUUUUAUUCUUGAAUUUUACUUUUUACCAAUUUCAACACACUUUUCAGUAGUAAAAAAUUUCUGCUAAAACUCUGGCUUAUGAGUGCUGAAAUGUACACCCCCACCACAACAUACUGGGUGAUCAAAAAGUCAGUAUAAAUUUGAAAACUUAAUAAACCGCGGAAUAAUGUAGAUAGAGGUAAAAAGUGACACACACGCUUGGAAUGACAUGGGGUUUUAUUAGAACCAAACAAAAACAAAGUUCACAAAAUGUCCGACAGAUGGCGCUAGACAGCAAAAUGUCAGUGACUGCGCAUGACAAUCAUGUAUAAAAGGAGCUGUAAUGAGAGAGAGAUGGUUGCUCAAGGUCAAUCCUUCCAAGACCCAGGCAAUCAUCGUAGGCAAAACCACCCCUUCCUUCCGUCUCCUUGAUUUCUAUCUUACCAUUUAUGGCUGUCCUAUUAACCUCACACCCACCCUCAAGUACCUUGGUGUCACCCUUGACCGUCGCCUCUCCUGGACCCCUCAUCUCCGGACAAUCCAAGCCAAGGCACGCUCCCGACUCCACCUCCUGAAGCUCCUUUCUGGCCGCACAUGGGGUCUGGACCCCUCCACCGUCCUCCACACCUAUAAAUCUCUCAUCCGCCCUAUCCUCUGUUAUGCCCAUCCCGCCUGGAUCUCUGCCCCGCCUACCUUUUACAAAUCCUUGAACGGCAAGCCCUCCGCCUCGCCUAUCGCAUCCGCCUCCCUUCCCCCACGCGGCUCCUCUAUGACCUCAUCCCCUUCCCACACCUCCUCCUCUUCCUCCAACGGAUACGGAUCCUCUACACCUCCCGCAAGCUUGAUCCUCCCCACCCGCUUGUCUCUUCCAUCCUCUCCCACCCCAACCCACUGCCGCGCCUGUACUCCUGUAUCCCACCUGCUCUCCAUCUUCACACUCUCCACACCCUCUCCCAAGGUGGCUUCCGCCGACUCCCCCUCCCGGAUGAUGCCCUCCUCCCCUCCAUCUACCCCUCCUACCAACUUUGAGCCUUGCCUUCCCCUCUCCUCUCCUUUUCCUGUGGGCGCCCUCUCUCCCUUCUCUCCCUCCCUCUCUCCCUCCUUCCAUCCUUACCUCCCCUCCCCCUCUCCCUGGGCUUCCACCCCCCUCUUUUCGUUUUCUCCCCUCCUCCUCCCUGGCAUCCUAUCUCCCCCUCCCUCCUUCCCUCCCCCUGUUUUUUCCCUUGGCAGGCCCCCAGCUUUUCGGUGUGGACAGUGCCCCUGCAAGCGCCGAAGCCCAUCUCCGCAGUGUCCGUGUCUUUCGUCCCGUCUGUACCUCGAGUGUUUCUUCGUUUUCUGCUCCACCGUUCACCUGUGCUAGUGUUCUCUGUUCCGUGCUGUGCUGCCCGUUUUUUUAAAACUGAAACAGUGCUGCGUCGGUGAACGACUUCAAUUCUUUUUAUUCUCUGUUGUCUUCUGAUUUUUGUCCUCCAUGUCUGUGUUUUGAGAUUAUGUCUUCCUGUUUUUAUCUCUUGUAUGUUUCUUGUGGCCGAAGAGCGGCAUAUUAGGCCGCUGCCGGCCUACCUUUGUAGGUAUAAAAUGACAAUAAAGGAAAAAAAAAAAAAAAAGAGAGAGAGAAUCAGAUGCGCCAGCAGUCGCAGCAUGUUGACAUACCUGAAACGGCGCUUUUAGUGAAGCUGUAUUAUCAGAAUGGCGGAUGUGCUAGUUCAGCAUUACGAUCCUAUCCCCAAAUGAAGGGGAUUCGAACGGGUAAAGGUCUGUUGACAUAUGCAGCUGUGGCGAGAAUGAUUUCGAAUUUUGAAGCCACGGGUUGUUCAGCCGAUAGACACCGUAGUGGCCGACCGAGCACAAGGCGUAAUGGUGCUGAGGCCAUUCAGGAAGAAAUGGAUACAGUAGUAGGUUCGUGUAUGCAUGGGGAAGUCAGCGCUCGUGCAGUCGCACGUCGCACCAGCAUUCCAUACACUACUUACAAGGGAACCUCCCCAUCGCACCCCCAUCAGAUUUAGUUGUAAGUUGGCACAGUGGAUAGGCCUUGAAAAACUGAACACAGAUCAAUCGAGAAAACAGGAAGAAGUUAUGUGGAACUAUGAAAAAAAAAUAAGCAAAAUAUACAAACUGAGUAGUCCAUGUGCAAAAUAGGAAACAUAAAGUAUAAACUGAGCUCAGGGGCGCCAUGGUCCCAUUGUUAGCGUGAGCAGCUGCGGAACGAGAGGUCCUUGGUUCAAGUCUUCCCUCGAGUGAAAUGCUUACUUUCUUUAUUUUCAUAAAAUUAUGAUCUGUCCGUUCGUUCAUUGAAGUCUCUGUUCACUGUAAUAAGUUGGUGUCUGUGUUUUGCGACCGCACUGCAAAACCGUGCGAUUAGUAGCCAAAAGGACGUGCCUCUCUAAUGGGAACCAAAAACAUUUGAUCACAAGGUCAUAGGUCAACUGAUUCCUCCACAGGAAAACUCCUUUUGAUAUAUUCUAUACGACACUGGUGACGGCAUGUGCGUCACAUACAGGAAUGAGUUGUCGACUCACCUAACUUGUACACUUCCGAAUGGGUAAAAAGAUUCUUCUACCUUGCCUGAUUUAGGUUUUCUUGUGGAUGUGAUGAUCACUCCCAAAAAAGUGAUGAAAACAUAAGCUUGUCACAUAAACUAAAAAUAAAAAAAUUAAACUUUUCACUCGAGGGAAGACUUGAACCGGUCCGCAGCUGCUCACGCUAACCACGGUGCUCCUGAGCUCAGAAUCUCCUUGAUGUUACCUAUCUUGUGCAUGGACUACUGUUUGUGUGUAUAUAUAAUUUCAGCCCCCCCCCCCCCCCACACGCAACUUCUUCCUGUUUUCUUGAUUGUUCUGUGUUAAGUUUUUCAAGGCCUAUCCACUGUGCCAAGCUAUAACUAAAUCUGAGGGGGGUGCGAUGGGGAGGUUCCCUUCUUAGGCGUACCCUCCGAUGCUAUCUAUACAAAAUCCGUCGGCAUCAUGAAUGGCGAUUUAGUGAAGCGGAGGGCAUUUGCGGUGUGGGCGUUUCAAAACAUGGCGGAAGAUGAUGAUUGGUUAAGUGUUGUGGACCAACGAUGCUCAUUUCAAGGUCCGAGGGUCUGUCAAUGCCCACGACUGCAGAAUUUGGGCUACCGAAAAUCCUAGAACUGUCAUGGAAACUCCAUUGCAUGACGAGAAAGUCACGGUAUGGAUUGGAUUUACCACAUAUACCAUUAUCGGGCCUUUUUUCUUCGAGGAAAUGCGCGAUUCUGGUUUUGUAACUGCUACCGUGACGGGUGAGAGGUACGCCGAUAUGUUAUAGAAUCACAUCAUCACCAGCCUGGCUGAUAAACACCUGCUGGAAUGUACGGUGUUUAUGCAGGAUUGCACUCCAUCCCAUAUUGCUAGACGCAUGAAAGAUCUCUUGCACGUGUCGUUUGAUGGUGAUCGUGUGAUCAGCUGCCACUUUUGUCACGCUGGGCCUCCGAAUGCUUCACCGUAACUCCGGACAUGCUUUACAGUGCUGUUCACAACAUUAUUCCUCGACUACAGCUAUUGUUGAGGAAUGAUGGUGAACAUAUUGAGCAUUUCCUGUAAAGAACAUCAUCUUUGCUUUGUCUUACUUUAUGCUAAUUAUUGCUAUUCUGAUAGAUGAAGUGCCAUCUGUCGGCCAUUUUUUAGAAGUUUUGUUUUCCUUCUAAUAAAACCCCAUGUCAUUCCAAGUAUUUGUGUUCCAGUUUAUACCUGUCUAACUACAUUAUUCCGUGAUUUAUUCAGUUUUCUAAUUUAUACUGACUUUGUGAUCACCCGGUAUUAGCUGUAUAUGACUUUCUUCUUCAGCUUAAGGAACCAUAUAGGGUUGCCACUUUAUUCACAAAAACAGGAAGAUUUUCAUGGACAUAUUUUUUAAUGGCUACGGCAUUUAUAUUUUUAUUAAAUGCCAUUUUCAAUCAAAAAUAGCCUACAUUUACAAAUUAAGCCCUAUUCCUUCAUAUCACUAUGAUAUUUUCAAACUGAUUUAGCUUUAUGUAGGAAUGUACUGUCAUUCUUUAGCUGGUUAAAAAAAUCUUUGCAGGACAUGUCAAAAUUUAUUACUAUUUGAAGCUUUGAUUUUAUAAGUUCUGGUGAACACCUGUUCUUGACAUCAGUCCACUUGUUCAUCAACAAAAACACACGUUCCACAAAUGCAUUUGAACCUGGUAUGCUUAGUAUAAAACACAUGAGCCGAGAGAUAUGUCACUUUUUGUUGAGGCACUAGUGUGAAGAAUAUUACCCACUUAGCCACAGCAUCACAAUCCUUAGUGAUACUGUUAGUAAAUUUAUCUUUCACUUCACAAAAUUUUUCAUAUACCUGAUCCAGGUUGAUCCUAUCUUGUAGAUUGUUUCCACUGCUAGUUCAAAAUCACAAUAGUGUAAUUCCCCAUUCAAAGAAAGAGGUUCCAACCUUGCAUACUUAUUACUAGCUGAGAAGUCAUAGUGGUUUUUCAAGAUAUUUCAACAAUGUGUCAUAGAAAGAAUCAAAUUAACAUGAAAUCUUAUUAAGAGAUGUUGUUGAAAUCUCUCCCAUUAAUUUCUUGGUUUCACUCCCAUAGAAUUUAUCCUUCUUUCUUUGUAUAAUCUAGUUAUACAUCAUGCACAGACUGUUAUGUGAUUCAGUGAUGCUUAGCUCCCUUUUCUCCAGGUCUUUGGAUACUGUUUGCAUUUGAACUCCUAUAUUUGACGCAAAAUGCAAGUAAAUUUCAGGAAUAAUUCCUUUCAAUGAGUCUUCAGCUAAAAAUACUGAUGCAAGUUACUUUGGACAGACAUCAAUGCCCCUGAAAUAGCUCUUUAUAGCUGGCCAGCACUCAAUCAAUCUGUUAAUGGCAGGAGUUAAGGACAGCCAUCUUGUGGGCAUAUGCCUUAAUAUCUCAGACCACUCAAAAUCCAUAAAUUCAAAAAAUGAUUUCAGUUCCUCACGCCUUUUAGCUGAUACUGAGAAAUGAUUAUAGAUCUUCAAAACAAGAUUCUUUACAUCCCUUUCCAGCUCUGCCAUAGCAUGCUUCAUCACAUUAUGAACCAUGUGGUUUGAACAACUGGUUUUCUGCAGGUUGGAAUGUAUGGAAAGCAGUAACUGAUAAACAGAUUGUUUCCUGCCAAAAUUCACAUUAGCAUUGUCAGCACUAUAUGCAGUUAGAUUAUUAAUAUUUAAUGAAUGGCUUCCAGUCUAUCAACUAUUAACUUUGCCAGUGCAUUUGAAGUGUCAUCAGGCUGUUCAAUAAAUGUCAACAGUUUGUUCUGUACACCUACUAAAGGUUCAAAGUUUUUUUUAUACAAAUUGGGAACAUCUUUCUGUUGCCUCUUUUCGAAGUGUCUGUUGCUACUGAGAAAAACUUAAUAUUUUCAGGAGAUUUUAGAAUAUUAACAUCACUGGCGCUUUUAGGUGCUAAUACGUUUUUUCACCAACAAUUCUGCCUUCGUCUUGCCACAGGAAAGUUUUACAGCAGUUUCUGAAUCUGUGAAUGUACAUGAUGUCAAUUUAUUGCUACAAUCCAAACUUGAAUAACUUAGGUUGUGUUUGACUGUGUGAUACAAAAGUCCUAACUCACAAGCCAUGACAACGUUGGUUUCAGAUUUCUUAGUUCACAAAAUAUUUGGAAACUUUCGUGGUUUGACUACUUGCUUUCUCCUUUAACUGAUGUCAUUUGUACUCAGCAUGUUGCUCGAGAUCAAACUGUCCACCAUGAGAAACGCUGAAUUCCUUCCUGCACAAUGUACAAAAAGCAUGUUUAUCAGAAGUUAAACAGUGCCUAACCCACGCGAAAGUAUCAUCCCAUUUCUUUAGUACACUUGACUGUACUGCUGUUGCUUGCUGCAUUUCUUCACUGGUGAACUCAUUACAAUUCUUGAACAAAAGUAAAUUAAGAAAACUAGACUAUCCACUGUAUGGAUUCGAGAAAUUAUCACAGCAACGAAGUUUAUUAGUUUACAGACAUCUGUAGUUGCACACAUCAGAAUUGGAAAUAAGUAUAUAGACAACAUUAUUGAUCGUGCGAUUGAGUGAUUGUCAGAAGUACCAAUUUAAACGUAGACAAGCCUAAAAUCUGUAUCUGAACAGUAAUAAUAACAAAUAUAACCAAAUUAAUGUGAAUUUUUGUUAUAUGUAUAUUAAGGGGAAGAAUUGUUGGGAUCUGCGAUAGUUUAGUGCCAAAUAUUACAAAGGGAAAAAAAGGAAGAAAGUGCUGUACGGGGAAAUAAAAAAAACCUUCGGCUCUCGGGUUGGCAAUCUAUUACCAGUUUAGCUUUUACUCAGUGUGGCGUCUCACAGUUCUACUUGCUUGCGAUCUGUUGCUGUUCUGUGCAUUAAUUUGUACUUCUUGAAUGAGUUGACACCGGUGUACAGGAAAUUGGGAAUGGUAGGUUGUUCGAUGUUCUCUACCGGCUGACGGAGAUUUGGGUAAUCUCGUAGUCAAAUGUCGGGAAAUACAAAAGGCCAUUGCCUGACAGUUGCACAAGAAAAACAUAACAGAAAUAGAAAAGUGGGAAAGAGCAUCACUUCAAGAUUUCUGGAACACACAGAAUAUCUGAAGCUUGGAAAUCAGUGAAAUAUGUAGUCAUGUUGUAUUUAAUGCGGAACAAAUGCUUUGUCUGCCUUGUUACUCAUAGACACGAUUGCUAUGUACCUGAAUACUCUGUGCUACUUGCAUAGUCAAUAAAUUGUUUAUACAGUGUC